GCUGCUAAACUGUUCGCAACGAACGAGGCGUACAGGCGAAGAAGAAGUCACAGGCACCACGAGCCACGACCUUGGAAGCGUGCUCGGUCUGGCUCGAACACUUGCCGCUUUACUGCCUUUCGCGGGUUUAUUUUUCGUGCUUGCGUACAACCUAUUCCUGAGCAGUGCAACCCUUACCAGCAGGAGCCGUAUGCGCACUCCUAUUACUACGAAGGCGUCCAGCCAUAUCGGCAGCCCAGCAACGUUCUGCGAGCCCUUCCGAACAGUGUCAACAAGCGUCCGCUAUUAGACGAUAGGAGGACGCCAGAAAUACCGGCAGAAAGGUCGGAUGGAAAAAGUUCAAAGCACAGACGACGCCACUCUGACAACAGAACGUCGAGGAAACGUUCAAGAAGAGGGAUUAGGCGGUCUCACGGUGUAGCUGCCUCACAAGACGCCGAAUUUACGAAAGCCGAAACUGUUGCUGUCAAUGUCGAAAAAGAUUCGCCAGAAGCUGCUGCUGCACGCAGGAAGCGGUUGUUGUCUGCUGUCAGCGUAGCCGCGAGGAAUUCGUCGUCUGCUAACGUAAGCAGCAAAGAAGGUUCAUCUCAUAGUGCGGCGAGGGACCAAGCUAGGCCUUCGGAGUGUCCUGUCUCUCGACUCUCGGAGUAUCCCGACACUCGACCGUCUAGAGUAGACUCUGGACUCUCUAGAUCUCGGAGUAUGAAUUCUACCGAGAAAUUUGCCUUAGUAAUGGAUAGGUCUAGUAUCAAGGCCUCCAGCAGCACUGCGAGGAAAAGCAGCAAACAUUCUGGUGGUAGCAGUGGAUACAGGAACGUCGAGCAAGCUACAAUGUUGAAUGAAAACGUUGUUCCGCGUCGAAAAAGGGAUCGCACCGAGCAGACAAACAACGAAUUAUGCUCCGUUGACGAUGCAUUUGCUUACGAAUACUUGGACAAACGUUUGGAUCGCGAACACAGAGCAGUGGAGCAUUCCGACGGACGUCGCAAGAAGUGCAAACGACGUCGCAGAAGUGCCUCGAAAUGCAGCAGCAAGGUUGCCAGCACAGCCGAAACCUCGCAAGAAUUAUGUAAUGUUGCAACAGCAUGGGACACCACAUCAUCAAAGGCCAUGUUGGAAAAAUGCACGUCCACCGACGACCUGGCACAGCAGACUGAUGAUGCCAGGAACAACCUGCUGGCAGGACGCACAAGUAAAGAUGCAGCGUCCUCAAACAGCCAAAGGGACGUCGUCGGUAAAGUUGAGAAGUGGUUCAGUGAUUCCGUUCCCUAUAGCCCAACCCAGGAGCUAGAAAUGGAUGAGGAGACUGUUUCACUGCCUUCCGAAGCCACCGGAGCAGACAGUUGCGACAUCGCUUCUACUGUCCUGGAUAUGUACGACUUGGACCUGCCCACUACAGACCAUAAGGAAUCGGUCCCUACUCUCUUGCCCGAUGAUAGGAAAGCCGUACCAGCGGACACUCUUAAUGGCUGGCAGAACCCGUGCAAGGAUCAGCAAGAACCUCCUCGUAUGGUGACAGCUGCAGGGAGCUACCAAGUACUGCAGCAUGAAGCCGGUUGCAAAUGUAAUUCCAUUUUAUCGGAGGUGCACUUUGAGCUGGACGUUUACACAUGUUUGUUGGUCUUGGAUGUGUGUGCUGAUCAGUCGACAAAAGAUAAUGUCUUUCAGCUGUAUGCAGAGGCAAGGAAAGUUUGUUGCAAGGAACCAUACUUGAAUGAGAUAAGGCACUUGGUUCGUGCGGCCAUUGAGAGCAAGCGCUCCGUGCUGAAAACUGGGACCAACGUGCUGAGGAAACUGGCCAAGAUCGAGUGGUCCAUGUUCCCCCGUCAUCCCGGGCUGCCUGGGGUUAGUGUAGCCAUCCAGGAUCUUCAGGAUCGUAACCCCCAAGUGCCCUGCAGCGUGCAUUUGCCAAGAGCAACACAUGGCAAAUGCUAGGCUUUUUGCUUCUUUUUUUCUCAAUCUGUUCACUGGCUUUCUUUUGUGUACUUUGUCACAUGUGAAAGGAUACAAAAUGUAACAAUGUCAUGUUUGACAGACAACAUGAACACUCCUUGGCUUAUUCUUAGCCUGGACACUUAAAACUGGAAGGUGAAAAAGACAGGUUGAUGUGUGUUCAUGUUGGGGGGUAUGAAUUUGUGUUGCCUUUCUGCUUUUCCAGUAUAUUCCUGCUGUAUGGCUCCUCAACUGCAAGAGCAGUGGGACGCUAUUGGCUAAUGUCAUAUAAUUCUUUUUUUUUUUUACAAAAUAGCUGAAAAUCUAUUAAUGCAUUAAUAUAUUACAUCAUGGUGUCUCUGCCUAUUAUGGAAAAUAAAUGUAGGAAUACCA